GAGCUUCAGCGAAAUGGUCGUGGAGCUGUAACACAGCCAAAGCUUUAAGACGAGACAUCUCAGCCCGGCUGACAAGAAGUGUCAACCUUUCUCUUUGCCAAAAAAAGAACCCUUCAACUCUGCAGAAAUGCUGACUGACAGCAGGAAACGACACCGUAGCUGUGACAGUGAAGAGGACCAACAGCUGAGACCUCAGGCCAAGAGGUCAGGAGGAGGGGGUCCCUCCCUUCUUGUGUCAGAUCUGGACUCUGAGUCUUCCAGCAGCGACAGCAGUAACGGGAUCAGUAGUCCAGAGAGAGCAAUAGUGGCCACCACGAGACCAUGCAUACACAGCCAGAACAACUGCAUCACCCAGCACUCCCACAGCCCAAAGCCUGAAGACUCGGCCAGCUCUUUGCAGCACGGUUUCCAUGGUGACGGUAGAAGUGUCUCAUACGACUACAUCAACAGAGUCCUGAGGGAGGCGCACUUCAGCAGUCUGCAGACCAGGGGUCGUCCAGGCUCGACAUGACCGUGACCUCUGACCUCUCUUCUGACCCUUUUCUCCCUCACCCAUCAGUGCUGGCACUACUGACAUCAUGAUGGCUCCUCCUUGAAAGCCUCAAGCGACACACUUGGGUCAGGGGGUAAGGGGAUGAUGUGUGGGGAGGUUUACAGAUUUUGGGCACAACGGCUCAUGCCCACCUCAACAUGUACCAUUUGUCAAGACCAUAAGCACAUCCGCCUUUCCAUGGCCCAGCCACUGUGGUUUUCUGUGCAGUAUUGAUGUGUACGUGUGUUUGUGUGUGUGUGUGUGUGUGCGCGCACCUUGUGCACUUUAUAAAGAGGUAUCGGUCUCUUUACAUGCGUGCGUCAAUGCGUGGACAUUUUCAUUGGUGCUAAUCACAAGAAAAGUGUGAUAAUGAUCCAAAGUGCUUGCAAAACUAAAUAAAGCUUAGCACUUUACUCAAUAAUUCCUUCUGUUUACUGUCGACUGGGGAGGUCAGUCGCGCUAUCUGUGAAGUGGGAGUUCAAAAAGUAAGUUGAUGGAGUCCAACAGAUUUACUCCUAAGGAGCAUUAUUGAAACAAUCUAGUUAAGAACAUUUUAGGCCUUAGUUGUUUUCUCUAACCAAAGUUUUUAUUUCUUAAUGACCCUUAAGUCUUGGUGUGGUAGUUUAGUGGGUUUAAGGUACAGGAACAGAGAUUCUUCAGGAGCCUCACCACCAAAAACCAACCUUAGAUUAGACCCUGGUUAAUUAUAGAGCAGUGAGCAGGCACUGGAGACUUCAGCUCAGGCAGCAGUAUGUUCAGCACAGUGCUUCCAACAAAAACAAGCCCUCGAAAAAUGCUCUAAGUAGAAUUUAGAACCUGGUGUUUACUUUUAACAUUUUACGCAUUGUGUAUCUGUUCGUCAUAAGCCUGUCAGCCAUACUUGUUUAUGGAUGGUUUAAUAUGACCAGUACACUGUGUUGCAAAUGCAAAAUGUGAAAGUGAUUCAUUUGUUAUGUAAUUUUCCAAAUCAUUAAACAUUGAAAUAAAGUGUUGCUAAAAGUGA